AUGCUAGUUUGCGCUCUCUUUUCGGUGGUUUUAAUAAGCUCUUACUAAAGUACAGCUCCUUAAAAUUUGUCAUUUGUGAUUGAAGAUUCCAAGUAACUACAAAUUAAAUCAGAUCAUCCACAUGAGUUAUAGUAAGUAGCUCUUGUUCUUGAUGCUGCAAUUGACAAAGUUCUUGACUCUAUUUCUUCAAAAGCUGUUGACUCAUUAAUGGAUAUGUUCUUCCCUCCAGCUUAACCAGAUUACGAUGCCAUUUGGAAAAAUAUCAAGGAUAGAGUUGAAUCACUGUGCAAAGAUCUAAUAAGCGAUGAAUAUGCCAAUGAACUUGAGAAGAGACUUCAAGGUUUGAAGAAUGAUCUCUAACUCUAUCAAUAGACCUCAUUUGGCUCACCACAAAAAGGGCAAUAUAUGACAAACUUGCUUAGCUAUAUUGCAGAAAGUGAACCUUUUUUCUUUGAUAACAGAAAUCCGGAAAAGACCAUGCCAUAUUUCACACAAAUGGGAACUAUAACAAUGACUGUCCACAGAGAGUAGUUAGCUAACUUCAGAAAUAUCUAUGGUCAAGAUGACAUUGAUCAACAAUAGCACAUAGCUGAUCUCAAGAAUAAAAUAUCUGGGUAUGUAACUGCAGGUUAAACUAUGUAUGAUACUGCAGUUAACUGGAGAGCAGGCUUCAUUAGAUUUUAAAAAACAGAUCAUACUGUCAUUUUACACGAUAUCGAGUUCUUCUUUAUUGAUGACAAAACUGGAACUAAAACAUCUUUGGGAAGUGACUCUGGAGAUUUUCCUGUAUCAGAGAGCAGAGCAAGAGAGGCCUACGAAGCUGAAAAAGACAAGGUCCUGAAUGCUUUCAGAGCUGAACUUGAUUAGAUAGUGCUGCCUUCAUAAAAAUGGUAGUACUUUGACUCGACCUUAUAUCCUAUGCCAUAUGAGCCACAAAAGAAAUAGCAAUUCGUCUACUCAGGACCAUUUGGACAAGGUAUGUCUUCUGGAGAAAAGGACUUUGAUGAUCUUAACCUUUUUAAGACUAAUGGAUCUCCAUCUAAGAUUUUGGUGAGAGGUGGUUCAAGAAUUGAUGCUGUCUAAUUCACCUAUGGAACAAUUGAUGGCCCUCUUCAUGGAGGUAUCUCUGGAGGUCCAAAUACAAUUAAUCUUGGAAUGGACAGAAAGAUUAUCAAAGUAGGAGUUCACGCAGGAUAAGCUGUCGAUGGAUUGACAUUCUUUACUGACAAUGGUGAUCGCCAUGAUUAUGGUGGGAGAGGUGGCAAUUACUAUGAGAUUGCUGCUCCAGUUCAAGGUGCAUACUUAGCCGCUAUUCAAGGCAAACAGGGAAGUCACUCAAUUGAAGCAAUAACAUUCGUUUGGGUAUUUUAUGCCUGA